UCCGGCGGCUCGUUUCCCGAGCGCGGCGCGCCUCCACCAAGCGCGCAGGAAGUGACGUCACGGCGUCAACAUGCAAGAUGGCGACGCAUCACAGGCAGAAUGCAGCGGGGCGCAGGAAAGUGCAGGUGUCAUAUGUGAUCAGAGAUGAAGUGGAGAAAUAUAAUCGUAAUGGAGUCAACGCGCUACAGCUGGAUCCGGCUCUUAACCGUCUCUUCACCGCUGGACGAGACUCCAUCAUCAGAAUAUGGAGCGUUAACCAGCACAAGCAGGAUCCGUACAUCGCGUCAAUGGAGCAUCACACAGACUGGGUGAAUGAUAUCGUCCUCUGCUGUAAUGGAAAAACAUUGAUAUCAGCGUCCUCGGACACUACAGUGAAGGUUUGGAACGCACACAAGGGCUUCUGCAUGUCAACGCUGAGAACACACAAGGAUUAUGUGAAAGCGCUAGCCUAUGCUAAAGAUAAAGAGCUGGUGGCGUCGGCAGGGCUGGACCGUCAGAUCUUCCUGUGGGAUGUGAACACGCUCACAGCUCUUACUGCCUCAAAUAACACUGUCACCAACGUGUGUUUGUCUGCUUCAGCGUCGUCUCUCAGCGGGAACAAAGACUCCAUCUAUAGUUUGGCCAUGAAUCAGAUGGGGACUGUUAUCGUGUCGGGAUCCACUGAAAAGGUGCUGAGAGUGUGGGAUCCACGGACCUGUGCCAAACUGAUGAAGCUGAAGGGACACACGGACAAUGUGAAAUCCCUGCUGUUAAACAGAGACGGCACUCAGUGUCUUUCAGGAAGUUCAGACGGGACCAUUCGGCUCUGGUCACUGGGUCAGCAGAGGUGUAUCGCCACGUACCGCGUUCACGAUGAGGGCGUCUGGGCGCUGCAGGUCAACGAAGCCUUCACGCACGUCUACUCCGGAGGUCGUGACCGUAAGAUAUACUGCACAGACCUGCGCAACCCGGACAUUCGUGUGCUCAUAUGUGAAGAGAAAGCACCCGUGUUGAAGAUGGAGUUGGACAGGUCAGCUGAACCACAUUCUGCCAUCUGGGUUUCCACCACCAAGUCUACAGUUAAUAAAUGGUCUCUGAAGGGGAUUCAUAAUUUCCGAACGUCGGGGGAUUAUGACAAUGACUGCAGUACUCCACUGACACCCCUGUGCACACAGCCUGAGCAUGUUAUCAAAGGUGGAGCCAGUAUAAUUCAGUGCCACAUUCUGAAUGACAAGAGACACAUUCUCACCAAAGACACCAAUAACAGCGUGGCAUACUGGGAUGUGCUGAAGGCGUGUAAAGUUGAAGACUUGGGUAAGACAGAGUUUGAUGAAGAAAUCAAAAAAAGAUUUAAGAUGGUUUAUGUGCCAAACUGGUUUUCAGUGGAUCUCAAAACAGGGAUGCUGACUAUAACAUUAGAUGAGAGCGACUGUUUCGCCGCCUGGGUUUCGGCUAAAGACGCGGGAUUCACAAGUCCUGACGGAUCAGACCCCAAACUGAAUCUUGGCGGUCUGCUGCUUCAGGCUCUGUUGGAGUUUUGGCCGCGCACACACAUCAAUCCAAUGGAUGAGGACACAGAACUGAAUCACACCAGUGUGAACGGUGAACACGAGAGCAGGACACAGAAAGGUAACGGAUAUUUCCAGGUUCCAGCACACACGCCAGUCAUCUUCGGUGAGGCGGGAGGCAGAACGUUAUUCCGGCUGUUGUGUCGUGACUCGGGAGGUGAGACGGAGUCCAUGUUACUGAACGAGACCGUCCCGCAGUGGGUCAUCGACAUCACAGUGGAUAAAAACAUGCCCAAAUUCAACAAAAUCCCCUUCUACCUCCAGCCUCACUCAUCAUCUGGAGCAAAGACAUUAAAGAAGGAUAGGCUGUCUGCCAGUGACAUGUUACAGGUGAGGAAGGUGAUGGAACACGUCUACGAGAAGAUCAUUAAUCUGGACAGCGAGUCACAGACGGGCGGAUCGACCGCAGAGAAACCCAGCGAGCAGAAGGAGGAGGAAGACGUCUCGGUUCUCGCAGAAGAGAAAAUUGAGCUGCUCUGUCAAGAUCAGGUUUUGGACCCCAACAUGGACCUAAGGACGGUGAAACAUUUCAUCUGGAAAAGUGGAGGUGACCUGACGCUUCACUACCGGCAGAAGUCCACGUGAGAUCGGCCCGGUGCUGUCGCUAUGGAAACACCCAGCAGUUCAAAGCUUCACAUUCACUUCACAUUCAAAGCACACGCUCACCUGCACUUCCUGGUUCUGUCUGAUCAUCUUCCACACACAAACCGCUCCAUCACGCAUGUCCAUCCGGAUGGAAACGGGAAGGACUUUGACGAACGGAUUGGCGGUUUACAGAAACGCGUCUCCCUGUUCUCUUGUUUUAUUUGUGUAUGGGAUAUGCCACCUGAACGCUUUCCAGUAAGACGUUUGUUAUUUUCAUAGCGUGAACUCAAUGGAUGCCAUAUAUUGGAUGUGUCGGACUGCUUGAAUUUUCUUCUCGUUUUACAUUCCAGUGAUGUGUUUGUUGCCAACAACGUUUUGAAAUCCUUCCCGCAGCAUGCUGGGAAAAUAGAAAGGCAAAAAACGGAAGAUUGCGGUCUGGAUCCUGAGCGUGCGUUUAGAAACCUUCCGAUUUGUUGAACGCCUGAGAAAACUCUUCAGAGUGCUCCAAGAACGCGUUUUUUUCCCACAAUGCAUCUGUCGCUGUGCUGUGAUCAUCAAUGCAUUCAUUCUGUACAUAUAUUGUAAUUAGGAGUUUUCUUUUUAAGAAAAUAUACGGGAUCUUCAACACGGUGCUGUUUCAUGUCAAACGUGACUGAUGGAGGCGAAAGCGCUAAAAAGAGAUGUAGAGUUUCUUUAAAGAAAUAAUUCACCCACAAAUCAGUUUUAGGUGAACUAUUCCAUUCAAUGUUUCUAACUCAUUUUGCUUCUGUGAGGAAUCAUGUGGAAGGUCAAACGUCAACGGAGGGCAAAACUCAGUUCAUGUGUUUUAAUUUAUGCAAAACGGAAGCUGUGUUCUGCAAACGUUUGUCAAUCAUGAGAAGAUUUGCACAGUAUAGCGACAUGUAUUCAUGUAUAUAAUCAGACUUUAGUUUAAAGAUAAGCCCAUACUGAUAGUUCUACAAAUGUAAACCCUACUGAAACUUGAGAAGGGUUCCAAGUGUCCAUGACUUCUGUAUUUAUGCUUCCUGUGUUGAUUGUAAUUAUAUGCAGUAUAUUUUGGGUAAAUAACAGCUUAAUAAAUUAACCAUUAAUAAACCAUUUAGAA